GCAUAUUCAAAACACAUAUAUGUUUUUAUUCAUCACCUCAUCACUCCCCUAUGCAUAAAGAGAAGAGAGAGAAGAAGUAGUAAGAAGAAGCUAGAUGUUCUAAUUAAAUUUUUUGAAGAUCGAUCUAGGGUUUCUACUACUUUGUAUCUCUUGUUAAGUGUCAAAGCAUGGAGGAGGAUGAACAAUUAUUAUUAGGUUUUAAGUAGUGGAUUUGGUUCCAUUAAUUGACCUCUAAGGUCAAAAAAGUCAACCCCAUUUCUUUCUUUGUUUUUUUCCCUUAUUAGUCUCCAAUUAAGUAUGGAAGAAAGCCAUGGAUCCCAAUGUUCCAAGACAAGCCCUUCAAACCUUGAGGAGGAAGAAGAAGACGACGACGACAAAUACGAAAUCAACAAGAAUAAUGGAGGAGGAGGAGGAGGGUGUUCAAGCAAUAGCACAGUGGAAGAGAAUAGUAAUAAUAAUAAUGAUAAGAAAAAAAUAAGGCCUUAUGUUAGAUCCAAGUUUCCAAGGCUUCGUUGGACACCUGAUCUUCACCUUAGAUUUCUUCAUGCUGUUCAAAGACUUGGAGGUCAAGAGAGAGCAACCCCAAAAUUGGUUCUUCAAUUGAUGAACAUCAAAGGAUUAAGUAUUGCCCAUGUUAAGAGUCAUUUACAGAUGUUUAGAAGCAAAAAAUUGGAUGAACCAAAUCAUCAAGUAUUGGCCAAUCAUCAUGGUAGUCGUCUUAUGGAUACUGGAGACAGAAAUAUAUAUAAUCUUAGCCAACUUCCAAUGCUUCAAGGGUAUAACCCAAGCACAAUUUCAUCCCACAGAUUUGGAUACGGGGAUAAUUCAUUCACAAGUGCCUAUGAAAAAAUGGUGCAUAGACCUUUCAAUUGGGCUAAUAGCAUCUUCCGGGUUGGUUCUUCUUCCAAUUUUAUUGAGCAACAACAACAACAACAACCAAUAAUAACAAGUAAUAGUAGUUUUAAAAUCCAUGAACCAAGAAAAGAUGAUCAUGAAUUCCUCUCAUUUGGUAGUAAUAGUAGUAGUGCACAUGAUCAAUCUCUAUGCACUAAAAGAUUGAGCAAUAAUAAUAAUGUUGGUCUCACCCCAUUAUUAUUAUCAUCACAAAAUCCAAGAACACAAGACAAUAAUAACAAUCAUAACACCAUCAUGCCAUUGAAAAGGAAGGCAUCACCAUCAUCAUCAUCAUCAUUAGCUACUGAAAAAAUUGAUUUGGAUCUUUCACUAAAAUUGAACUCAAGGAUAGAUGGUGAUGAAGAAAGAAGAGUGGAAUUGGAGGAUCAUGAUAAUAACAAUAAUAAUGAUGAUGAUGAUAACAAUCUAUCAUUAUCUUUGUACCCUCCUAUUCAAUCAUCAACCUCUAAUAAUCUUAGAAGCAAUAAUAAGUUGAAGGAAGCACAAGAUUGUUGCAAGAAGCAAGGGAAAAUGGCUAGUACCCUGGAUCUGACUAUAUGAAUGAGACAAAAUAAUUCUCAGUGAGAUCUUGAGGUACUUGUCAGAAUUUUAAUUUAUGCAUUUUUAUUAUAACCAGAUUCUUACAUUAACUCAUCAUCUGACAUAGUUGUAUUUUUCUUGUUU